UCCAUUGAUUUUUUUCUGCUUUCGCUUUCUGCUCUCCUGCUCGUCGGCCCGCUUUCCCGGUCAUCCAAAUCGUUCUACAGAAACGUCUUUCUUGAUUUAUCUUCCAUGGAGACUCCAUCAUCCACAAGAAGAGUUACGAGGUCGCAAGCCUUGGCCGCUUCAAACAGCAACAUUCCCAUCUCAAAGAAAUUUGAAGAAUCUGACAAGGGUGUGAAAUCAAGAAAAAGAAGUGGGAAACAACAAGAACGGUAUGCGCUCGUCGAUGUGACGAAUGAUUCUCCCAUUGUUGGAGUUGCAAUGGGAAGCUUGGAAACCCCAUUGUCAUCCAUGGCAAAGAAUAAGAGCAAUCAAAGCAAGAUGACUCCCGGAUCUGGGGAGGCAUUGCUUAGGGGUCAGGUGAAGACCCUGUUGCAGAAGGUGGAAGAAGAGGCCGAGCAUUCGAAACUCUCGUUGGAAGGCCGUCCCAUUCUUCAUGUUCAAGGUCUCAUCAGUUCCCCUAUGCUUCUUGCCCCGACUCCGGCUAACACACCCCAACUCUUGAAUCUUUCGGUGGAGCAAAUUAUCAACAAUAGUGGGGUGAUGCCUUCUCCAAUGGGCCAAGAACUAAUGAUCUCCGAGGUGGUCACUGAUAUUUUUGACGGGAAGAAGAAAGAGAAUAUUGAAUCGGAAGCAAGUCCGGUAACUCGCUCUCUACUAUCCGAUUUCUCUGAGAAAUCGGAAAUUUCUGAAUCAUCAGAGUGCAAAAAGAAGACAUCCCAAGAGGACGAUGAUGCAUCAGUUUGGUCUAUUCAGGUUAAUGCAAGUAUCAAGGAUGAAGACGAAGAAGAGGCAUUCGAAGAAGAAGAAGAUUAUCGCGAAGAAAUUGAAUACGAGGAAGAAGAAGAAGAAGAAGAAUAUGAAGAGGAUGGAGGAAUUGUUGAUGAACUGUGUGAAGGAAUGAGCAAGAUCAGCGUGAAUGCCACCAAGUCUAGAGGGAAGCACACCCGAUUUGUGUACAACAGUGAUGACGAGCUUGUGGAAGAAGAAGAAGAGAAAGGUUCGCCAGGGGUUUUGCACUUGAAGGGUUUGCCAACACCAAAAGGAAAGCACCUGCGCUUUCCAACGGAAGAGUAGAAGAGAGAUGAAUUUCUUGAUGUGUCUUUCUUGACACUUUUCCUACUAUGUGUCCUUUUUAAUUUUGGAAUUUUUUGGGAGUGCAUUUUCUUUUAUUGUCAUAAAAAGAAGAGAGUGCAGCAGCAAAUGUUCUCUGAAUAAAUAAGAUGCCCUCCUAAUUGCGAAAAUUCAGUCA